GGCAUGGUGGGACUGGCCUACGCCGCCGUGCCGCUCUACCGCCUCUACUGCCAGACCACUGGACUCGGGGGGUCGGCGGUGGCAGGUCACGGCUCAGACCACAUCGAGACUAUGGAACCCGUUAAAGAUCGGAUCAUCAAGGUCACGUUCAAUGCCAACGUGCACGCGAGCCUACACUGGAAUUUCAGACCUCAGCAAAAUGAAAUAUAUGUGGUACCAGGAGAGACUGCACUAGCCUUUUACAAAGCAAAGAAUUCAACUGACAAACCUGUAAUUGGCAUCUCUACCUAUAAUGUGGUGCCUUUUGAAGCUGGGCAGUACUUCAAUAAAAUACAGUGUUUUUGCUUUGAAGAACAGCGGCUGAAUCCCCAUGAGGAAGUGGACAUGCCUGUCUUCUUCUACAUUGAUCCUGAAUUUGCGGAGGACCCCAAAAUGGCCAAAGUUGAUCUGAUCACACUUUCUUACACUUUUUUUCAAGCAAAGGAUGGACAAAAGUUGCCUCUUCCAGGUUAUCAGUAAUAUACAAUAUUGACACUGAAUAAAAUCUCUGGUACCUGCCAA